AUGUCUGCUCCAAAUCCAAAGGCCUUCCCUCUAGCUGAUGCUGAAUUAACCCAACAAAUUCUAGAUGUUGUUCAACAAGCUACUAACUUGAGACAACUAAAGAAGGGUGCUAACGAAGCUACCAAGACUUUGAACCGUGGUAUCUCUGAGUUCAUCAUCAUGGCUGCUGACUGUGAACCAAUCGAAAUCUUACUACAUUUACCAUUACUAUGUGAAGAUAAGAACGUUCCAUACGUCUUUGUUCCAUCUAGAGCUGCUCUAGGUAGAGCUUGUGGUGUUUCUAGACCAGUUAUUGCUGCUUCUAUUACCACUAACGAUGCCUCUGCUAUCAAGAACCAAAUUUACGCCGUCAAGGAUAAGAUUGAAACUUUGUUAAUCUAA